GGAGGAGGGACUUCCUUCAGAGUUGUACUUGGAUGGCAGGCAGCUGCUGGGCUGACACGUAACUGAAGUUAAAGGUGCUACGGAGGCCUCCGUCCGGGACUCGAGUUUUUCCGUUUCCCCCAAUUCAAAGAGGCUUUUUUUGAAUUGCGUCGGAAAAGUUCACGUCUGCAAGGGGGAACGUGGACGCGCGCGCGAGCCGUCAGCCUCGGUUUGUCCCUCAAGAGCGACGAGUUUCACGUGAAGUGAAGCGAAAAUCUGAGCGGCUACUUUGAAGUCGCAGGGGGAGAGAGAGACCGAGAGAGACAGAGAGAGAGAGAGAGAGAGAGAGAGAGAGAGAGAGAGCUCGGGUGGAUGUGGCGGCCGUGCGAAAACAAUGUAUCCAUCCGCAGACAUUCGCGUUUGACUCGUGUUUUUCUGCUUGGAAAUGUUCGGGGAGUGAGGGGAGGAGGGUCUCUUCACGUCUUCACCAGGAGGUAAAAACAAAAACAAAAAAAAGUUGUGUCGGAAGUUUCCAGCGGCGAAAGAGGGGCUGGGGGUCCAACAUGGGAAGCGGGGUGUGCUCCCGGAGGCAGCGGAGGAUCUUCCAGUGUCUCCUGCUGGUCACCGUGGUCUGCGGGAUGAUGUACGGCGGCAUGAUAUCGUAUGAGAUGCACACGCAGCUCAAGAGGACCGAGGCGAUGGCGCUGAAGUACCAGCAGCACCAGGAGUCGCUCUCGGCUCAGCUCCAAGUGGUGUACGAGCAUCGCUCCAGGUUAGAGAAGUCUCUUCAGAAGGAGAGGUUGGAGCACAAAAAGGCCAAAGAAGAUUAUCUGGUUUAUAAACUCGAUGCACAGCAGUCACUGAACAAGGAGAAGCAAGACUCCGGCAGCAGAUUUGGUUCUCUACAAGUGCAACAUCAGAUGUUAAAGAACCAGCACGAGGACCUGAAGAAGCAGUUCUACGACCUGCAGGAGGAGCACCAGGUCCAGGGCGAGGACCACAACCGGCUGCUCGAUGAGCACAAAGAGCACUACGAGAAAGUGCAGCAGGUCAAAGAGUCGGAGAUCUCCCACCUCAAAGAUAAUGUAUAUAACCUGAGAGAGGAGAAUAAACAGCUGCGGAAAGCCCACCAUGACAUUCACACACAGCUCCAGGAUGCACAGGUUCAGCAUCAGAACCUGAAGACGUCCCACGACAAUCUCGCACUGACACUGGAAGACCACAAGAGUGCGCUGUCUGCAGCUCAGGCGCAGGUGGAUGGCUACAAGCAGCUGAGGGAGUCCCUGAACAGGGUGCCAAAUCCGAGACAGCCAGAACAAAAGCCUGCACCCCAGCAGCCGCAAGCAGCUGCCAUCGCACCCGAGUCCCAUAUUCACGAAGGCCAACAGGCCACAAUACUGGAACAGCCACAGAAAGAGGAGCAUGCCCACGAGGACGAUCGCCAGGUUCACCAGGACACGGAGUCCAGGUUGGACCGUCAAGAAGAGGAGCUGCAUGCUCAGUCCGAGGUCAAGUCCCACCCCACCGUAUCCCAGAACACCUUGUCAGACAAAGAGGAGGAUGGAGAGGGAGACGCUGAGAGGAGGAGAGAGCUGGCAGAGGAGGAGAUGGCUCAAGCAGGACAGCCUCAGAAGCUGGAGGAGGAUCCGGACCAACCACAGGAUGAGCAGCAGGACGAAGAGGAGGAGCCAGAACAGGAACAGCCGGACGAGAACGCCCUGGACCGACAGAGACGCCAGCCACAACCGGGCCUCCAUCCGGAGCAGCAGGAGGCGCACGCCCAGGUGGAGCGCGUGAAGUCGGCCUACGAGCAGCAGCAGGAGCAGCAGCGGCUGGAGGCUCAGAGGGCCGAGGAGCGCAGGCACAUCCAGAUGCGACAGGAGGCCCUGAAGGUCCAGAGAGACAAGGUAGUGAAGGAGAGGGAGCAGAGGCUGAAGCAAGAACAGGAGAGAGAGCAGCGGCAGCACAAGGAUGCCGACAAGCGGGAGCAGCUGCUGAGAGAGGAGGACCAAAGGAAACGGACCAAUUAUGAGAAUAUGGACAAUGAUAUUGUUCAGGGAGAAGAGGACCGCCACACUGACGAUGAAGAAGACACUCACAUGAUACACGACGAGGAGGAGGAAGUGGAGGAGGAGGAGGAGAAUCAAGAGGCGGAUCACAGAGUGCCACCACAUAAGCAGGGUGCCGCACUUGGUGAUCUGGACCCCGAGGACGACCCCAACAACCAGGGAGAGGACGAGUUCGAGGAGGCCGAGGACGAGCGGCCGGAGCACAGGGUGGCACAAGAGGACGAGGAGGUGGUGGUGGAGGAGGAAGAGGAGCCGGUAGCGCCAGCCAAGCACAAAGACAAACGCUCAGGCCCCAAACAACCUGCUGUGGAGGAGGAACUGGUGAUGGCUGGAAACCCAGAUCAACAGGAAGACACGCUGGAUGACCAGUACCAGGAGGGAGCAGAGGACGAUGCGCAGGAGGACAUAGGUGGUGGACAGAAGCGAGAGGAGGAGGUGGAGGAGGAAGGAGAGGAUCCAUAUAACGAGGAGAACAUAGAACAGUGGCUGCACGGGGAUGAGGAAUGCGCGUGCACACCCGCCUGUCCCUGUAACGUGAACCGUGCCUGUGCACGUCCUGGAUGCAGUAAAAACCCAGGAGGGACCAAGGCAGGAGGGGGAUCACAGAAAAGAGGCCGAGAAUAACGAGGAAGAGAAUUACGAAGAGGAAGACGAGGAAGCGGAAGAGGGCGUGGCUGGUCGAGACAAGGGAACCAAUCGGAGGGCAGAGAUGUGAGACGGACGCAGACUCCGACCAGUUGCAGUGCCUUCUCGGCUGCCCUUACAGCCGGUCAGGUCCUUCUUUUCAUUAUUUCCCAAAGGAAUAAAACCAGCCAUCCAUUCAGAAUUCCAAUUAGGAAAAUUGGGAUAUUAUGCCUGGAAGACGGACUGCCAUUGCAAACUCUGUGUGUGGAUGGAACUGAGCAUCUUUCACUGUGGAAAUGGACAGAACUUGCCAGGCGGGAAAUCGUCUGCGUACUGUGUAUUUUUACUUCUUUUUUUUUUUAUUCAAUUACUUUUCUGUCUGCGUGUUUGCCUGCCUGUUUCUGUUUUUUUAAGAGCAGACAGGCAGAGAAUGUAUUUCUACCAUGUGCUGUCUUUUGAGUAUGUGUAAAGAAAGCAAAGAUAAAUUAUGUUAUUCUGAUCUCUUCAUGUUCAGGCCUUUAUAUGUAUGUGUUAUGCAAACGGCUGUAUACUUUAUAGAGUUUAAAUUGUAAUCUUACAUUCCAAUCGAUCAAGUCGUUUUCUGUUAUUUAUUGUUGAUUGUAACAAUUCUGACAAUCGUUGAAAAAAAAAAAAAAAAAACCUGCUACUUUUUUAUUUGUAUUCCCCCCGUCUGAACUAGCUUGUGUCAUAAUAGCUUUUACCGACUACCUGAAGCAGAUACACAGGAGUCUUUUCACUGGAUACUGCCGGUCAAAAAGACUAUCUGGUGCACUGAAAGUGUCACACUGACAUGUGCCUUUCCAUUCUUGAAAACCCAGUCUUUAAGUCUUGGUCAUUUUAAAUCUGAGAAAAAGAAUACAUUUCAAUAGGACAGGAGAGAUAAGGAUGUGCAAGUUAGUGCUGAGCCGCUUGCAUAAUUGCGUCAGCAUAUGCCUUAAACGGAUGGCUAUUUCAUGUCGACUGCUGUUGUGAAUUCAAUUCACAAACCUACUGCAAUUUCCUGCAACAUCUUUAUUCUACUGUACAAUGUAUAGUAACACACAUGCUGACAAUUUGUAAAUUUUUCCACCAGCUAUAUUUGAUACAAAAAGUGGGAUUUUGAUUGUACAAUUUGAGCCAACCGACUGGUGUGCGGAAUAAAGAUGUCAAAGGAU